AUGCCUCUCGAUCCAGUGACUGCCGUAGGUCUGGGAGCUGGUAUCCUCCAGAUUAUAGACUUCACGACCAAGCUCGUCGAUGCCGGUCGCGAAAUCACACAAUCUCUCAAUGGGGCCACGGUCGAACACUGCGACAUCGAGGCCGUCACCCGCAGCCUUGUUUUACUCCUCAGGCAGGUAGUGGGCUUCAGUGGUCAAGGAGUUCCUCAAAUUCGGAGCCGAUACACGAAUGAACCGAAAUUCUCAGCAGGGCUCACUCAUCCGUCAAGCAUUCGGGGAGUUGCUUUCCCAACGCGCUAA